AUGGAGGCUGAAUGGUCUGAAGAACCGGCACAGGACUGGAAAUCAGAAGACCCGGGUUGCAGUGGUUUUUCUACCUUUAAUGAUAGUAGCUUAUCUUAUGAAAUGCUCACCAGGGCCCCCGUGGUGCCCCCACGUGUGCAUCUGCGCUGUCUCGAUCCACCGGUUACUCCCUGCUGCUGCCCGGGAUCCACCGGCUGUGCUCCGGGGCCGCCAAUCCGCGAGGACUCGAUGGAGCCCCUGUUUUGUUUCACUAAGCCUGCGAUGUUUCAUCUGCAAAACUACCAUAGGGCCACGGCUGCAGACAAGAGCACAGAGAAGAAGGAAGAGAAGGUCCUGGUCAAGAAGCAGAAGACCAGAACCGUGUUCUCUCAGACGCAGCUGUGUGUGCUCAAUGACAGAUUUCAGAGGCAGAAAUACCUCAGCCUCCAGCAAAUGCAAGAACUUUCCAACAUCCUGAACCUUAGCUACAAACAGGUUAAGACCUGGUUCCAGAACCGGAGAAUGAAAUGUAAGAGGUGGCAGAAAAACAACUGGCCCAGGAAUAGCAACAUUGUGACUCAGGGCCCAGCAACUACAGAAUACCCGGGCUUCUAUUCCUACCACCAAGGAUGCCUGGUGAACUCUUCCGGAAACCUGCCCAUGUGGGGUAACCAGACCUGGAAUAACCCAACUUGGAGCAACCAGAGCUGGAACAGUCAGUCCUGGAACAACCAGAGCUGGAACAGUCAGACCUGGUGCCCCCAAGCCUGGAAUAACCAGACCUGGAACAGUCAAUUCAACAUCUAUGUUGAGGAAUUCCUGCAGCCCCAGAUCCAGUACCAGCAAAGUUCUCCUGUCAGUGAUCUGGAGGCCACCUUGGAAACUGCCGGGGAAAGCUAUAACAUAAUACAGCAAACUGCUAAGUAUUUCAAUUCCCAACAGCAAAUCAUGGAUUUAUUCCCAAAUUACCCUCUGAACAUACAGCCUGAAGAUUUGUAA